GCAGGGGGUGCAGUUUGAGGCCAGUCGCCUGGACACUUUUCCAUUAAGAGCUUGAAAAGAAAAUCCUCUUCCCUGGCUUCUCGUCUGCCCCCUCCCAGCCCCAGCACUGGGGCACGCGGGCAGGGGGAGAGACCAGCUAAGGGCAUUUCGGCUCUCAUUCGAUCUCUGCCAGCCUGGGCAGGUGCCUCGCUGGGUGGAUUUGUUGCCUGCAGCCACAGCCCUUGGACUCAAGAGACUUUAGGGCCAGACGGGGCCAAUCGUGAUCAUCUUGGCUGACCUCCUACACAUGGCAGGCCACAGAACCUCACCCCCAUACUCCUGUGAUAGGCCCAGAGCCUCUGGCUGAGUCACUGACAUCCUCAAAUCAUGGUUUAAAGACUUCACAUGACAGAGACUCCACCAUUCACACAAGUUCAAACCAGCGAGUGACCUGGGCCCCAGGCGAAUCCCCCACCACCCAGGGUCUCUGCUAAUCUGAGCUGGGGGAAAUUCCUUCCCCGCCCUAAAUCUAGGGAUCAGUUACUGGCCGCAGGCAGGAUGGCAGCGCUGUGGAGGUCGUACCAGCGGCUCAUGGCCCAGCACCCCUGGAAAGUGCAGAUCCUCACAGCUGGGUCCCUGGUGGGAGUCGGAGACGUGAUCUCUCAGCAGCUGGUGGAAAGAAGGGGCCUGAGUGGGCACCGCAGUGGCAGGACGCUGAAGAUGAUGGCCAUUGGCUUCUGCUUUGUGGGCCCUGUGGUGGGAGGCUGGUACCAGCUCCUGGAUCGACUUAUCCCGGGAACCACCAAGAUGGUGGCGUUGAAGAAGAUGGCGCUGGAUCAGGGGGCGUUUGCACCUUGCUUCCUGGGCUGUUUCUUGGCCAUCGCUGGGGCACUCAACGGCCUGUCCGCCGAGGAGAACUGGGCCAAGAUCCGACGGGAUUACCCGGACGCACUGCUCACCAACUAUUACCUCUGGCCAGCUGUGCAGAUUGCCAACUUCUACUUCAUCCCCCUAAACCACAGGCUGGCUGUCGUGCAGGUGGUGGCUGUCGUCUGGAAUUCCUACCUGUCCUGGAAGGCGAACCAGCUGUGAGGCCAUGGGGCCGGCGCCCCUCCCAUCCCCCCACCCAGCCCGUUCUCCCCCAGCCUUCCCCCCAUGCCGCACCCUCCUCUGUGACUGCCAUAGUGAAUGGCCGUGGGGCCGGCCCCCCCUUCCUGUGCCCCCCACCCAGCCGCAGGGCCCCCCCCAUGCCACCCCCUCCUCUGUGACUGCCAUAGCGAAUGGCUGUGGGGCCAGCCCCCCCUUCCUGUGCCCCCCACCCAGCUGCAGGGCCCCCCCAUGCCACCCCCUCCUCUGUGACUGCCAUAGCGAAUGGCCGUGGGGCCAGCCCCCCCUUCCUGUGCCCCCCACCCAGCUGCAGGGCCCCCCCAUGCCACCCCCUCCUCUGUGACUGCCAUAACAAAUGGCUGUGGGGCCAGCCCCCCCUUCCUGUGCCCCCACCCAGCCGCAGGGCCCCCCAUGCCACCCCCUCUGCAAGGCCCAGCAGUGGCUCUUGGGGGCACUCCAGGGGGCCACAUCACACAGCAACUCUCAAACUGGCCCCCUGGGCAGCCUCAGCAAAGGAAGCGCUGGCACGUGGUGCUGGGAGGUCCGAGGUGCGCCCCACGGCUGUCCCCAGCUCAGGGGGAGAUUGAUUCCUGCCCCACGGCUGUCCCCAGUACAGGGGGAGAUUGAUUCCUGCCCCACGGCUGUCCCCAGCACAGGGAGAUUGAUUCCUGCCCCACGGCUGUCCCCAGCACAGGGGGAGAUUGAUUCCUGCCCCACGGCUGUCCCCAGCACAGGGGGAGAUUGAUUCCUGCCCCACGGCUGUCCCCAGCACAGGGGGAGAUUGAUUCCUGCCCCACGGCUGUCCCCAGCACAGGGGGAGAUUGAUUCCUGCCCCACGGCUGUCCCCAGCACAGGGAGAUUGAUUCCUGCCCCACGGCUGUCCCCAGCACAGGGGGAGAUUGAUUCCUGCCCCACGGCUGUCCCCAGCACAGGGAGAUUGAUUCCUGCCCCACGGCUGUCCCCAGCACAGGGGGAGAUUGAUUCCUGCCCCACGGCUGUCCCCAGCACAGGGAGAUUGAUUCCUGCCCCACGGCUGUCCCCAGCACAGGGGGAGAUUGAUUCCUGCCCCACGGCUGUCCCCAGCACAGGGGGAGAUUGAUUCCUGCCCCACGGCUGUCCCCAGGGUGGCUGAGCUGCGCCCCAUGGCGGUCCCUGGUGCCGGGGUAGACCGAGCCGUGCCCCAGGGAUGCCCGUGGUGCUGGGGGCGAUGGAGCCACUCCCCUGGCUGGAGAACCCCUGCCCCAACGGGCCCCGAGCCGUCGCCCUGGAGCCCAGGCAAGGAACUGGAGAAAUAAACUCAGU